CCUCCGCCAUCUUAGUAAGGUCACUUUUAGCUAUUUAGCGAGCGUUUAAAGCGUUUUAGGCUUUUUUUCUGUACUGACACUAAAUUUAUUUGCACAUUUUAACCAUUUGUAUAUAUGGCUUGUCAGUGAGUGUGGCAUUUCAGGGGUCUUUAUAACCGUAUUUGUCCCUUUUCGUCGUCAGAGUUAUUAGCUUGCAGGCUAGCAGCAAACAUCUUGCUAUUUAGUUAGCUUAGUUAGCUGGCCAGCUAGCUAGUGAGCUAAAUAAAAUGGCAAUUCCAGCAAAGUUUGUUCCAUGAAUUAAGUCAAAGAAGAAGGACAGAGUAAAUCCAGGUGGCAGUAUGUCGCUUAGAAAAGACGUUUUCCAAGCGAAAGUGCUUCAGAGACUCUACCCUGCUGCCCCAAAGGCAGAAGUGCUGGACUCUACUGCCCACAGCCCUGAACCAGCUUCAGCUCCUAGAAGAGUUAAAGAGAAGCCAAAUAAAGAGACUGGUAGCAUUGGAGUGAGUGAUUUAGUAGGCAAGAAAGUGUACACUGUUCUCCCUCCUCCAGAAGACUACAGGCUUACCAGUGGAGGUGAAAACCCAGAACCCAUCAGUGCUGCCGACGGGACGGCUGUCGAUCUUUCAGAUUCAGAAGACAGUGAAGCCCCUGAAGAUGAAGGCCAUGUGAGGAAGAGAAGAAAGCGAAGGAGGAAGAGAAAGGCUGAUGAUGCCGGUGCUGGGAGAACAUCCACCCCCCCACAAGAGGGUGCUCAGGGACAAGCAGAAGAAGCUGAGGGGAAAAAUGGACAGAAGUUGGAGGUCUUUGAGAGCCAGAAGGAGCGGCUCAGCAAAAGCAAGAAGAGGAAGAUGAAAAAGAAACGGCAGAGAGAGAAGCUCCGCUCCCUCGGCCUGGCUCCUCAGUCCAGGCCUCUGGAGUUUACCUACAGACAGAACGAGGGAGAAGAGGAGGAGGAAGAGAAUGAUGAAGGAAACAGCCAAAAAGUAGAAGAGGUUCUGGACUUCCUUCGAACCACUUGGGACAUCUACCUUUCAGAUCAAUCCUGUACUGCAGGCAAAUCCUCUCUUUCUCUGAGCACAGCGGAGUCACUGUUCACUUGUCUGUCGGAGGGGAUGGCGCCCCCUGCUGCUGUCUCCGGUCUGUGCAUACUGAGGGCCCUGCUUUGCCAAAGGGAUGUGGAGCAGUUAAACAAGGCCCUGCAGGAGUUCAGCCACACCUCCACACUGACCACAGAUGAAACUGUCUUAGUCUGCACUCUCUUCCACUACUGGAUAACAGAAGUUCUUCCCAUGCAGACAGAAAAGAAGACGUGACGGGGCAGACAGCUUGUUGCAGGAGAUCCAGCAGUUGGGUUCCAACACCAAACAAACACACCUGAUCCAAAAAUAUCAAGGUUUUCUGGACUGCCUUAACAUUGCAGAUACGAAUAGCCAACCCUAUACCUGAGGACAUUUUAUGGAUACAGUAUUUGGACACUUCAACCAUUUAACAAUUGGUAAGCUUUAAUGACCUUUGAGGUUGUAAAAUAAAAUGUUUAACAAGAUGAUGUGUUUCAUAGAGAAACACUUUUAGCACAACAUCAAACAGAUUAGAGUAGACUGUAUGUGGGGAGAAAGGCUGGUGAAGAUCUCCAACCAGGCUGCACUAAGAGCUCUGUAAAGCACAGAGGAGGAAACAUCGAAGUCUGGGGCUAAUUUUCUUUGCUUGCAUUGAUGGGGUCAUGAACUUUAAUGUGUACAGAGGCUUUUUGGAUGCAGACCUGCAGACGUCUUCAGAGACACUCCUCAAGCGAUAACAGCUUAAAACAUAACAGCCUCCUUUUAAAAGAAAACUUCACCAAAAAUAAAAUGAUGAUCUUGAAAUGUUCUCUUUUAAAUAAAUGCAACUUGGUUUGAGAGUCUUGCGGUGCAAAUGUCCACAUAAUGGGUAAAUACAAUUACUGCAAAAAAUGAUGUGGACAUUUGUACCUCAAGACUCUGAAUUAUGGCAGUGUAUUCACUGCAAUCUCAACCUGAAGACCUUCAUUUUUUUUCCAAACCUAGGUGAAUUUUACUAGGCCUUGAUUAAAGUAGCUUGGAUGCAGAAUACCCACUAAUAAUGUUUUAGUCCUGGUCUAGGUCUAAUCUGUUUAUGGAAACAGGAUAAACAGGUUGCAAAAUCUAGUAUUUGUUUAUUAGGGCCGGACUGAUGUGAACAUUUUGUGGCCAAUACCGAUUUUAAGCAUGAUUAUAUCAGCUGAUUUAAGUGUGUAUUUAAACUCCAGUAUUUUUAGGUAAACAAUGUUUUACUGACACGUCAGUUGUCAAUUGUCACCACUUAAACUCAAAUAAACAGCAGAAAGUCAGUCCUAAA